AUGCGACAAGUAGCGCGCUGGCUGACAACGGUCCUCUUUUACCUGGCGAAUAUUGGGCUUAUAUUCUAUUGUUUUCGAAAUAAGACACUAUGGAGAGUAUAUCUUGAACCAUUGGUACUAUUAGAAUGCUUCAUAGCCCUGGGUCUUAUUGCAUCGGACUUUUUGACACCAUCAUUAUCGCGCAUAUCUAGGAAGAUAUUGCAUGUAUCUGAUAGAGUUUCUGGUUUGACAUUGUUGGCAUUGGGGAAUGCUGUUCCCGAUAUAACGAGUACGUAUCAGGCUAUGAGUGCAGAUGCGACAACUAUGGCCGUUGGAGAGUUAUUUGGGGGAAUUUUCUUCCUAUUAACAGUUGUUCUGGGAUCAAUGGCACUCGUAAAGCCUAUAGAAUUACGUCCAUUGAAGAUGAUUGCAGUAGAAGAAUCUCGUGAACUAGAGUCUUUUAAGGCUGAAGAGGAUGAAAGACGUAUAAUCUACGAUAGAAGUGAUUUUAUUCAGGAUAUUGCAAUAUUCGCAGGUCUGGUUAUGAUGUCAGCUAUCUUCCUGUCAGAUGGACGUCUCAUGUUUUGGGAGUGUGUCGUUAUGGUUAUCUCGUAUGGAGCUUAUGCAACAUACCUUGUUUUCUACCAAAAGAGCUGUGUUGCGGAUAUUUGUGAAGUGGAAGAGAGAGCAGUUACCGAUGAGCCGCUUUCAGAUCUGUCGACUAUGAUGACCAAUACUGACCGAGCAAGUUUAUGUGAUGGGAACAUAAGGUUCUUCGACAGUGGCGUCCACGAAAGAAGAGCAAAUAUCAGGCGCAGGAUUCGCCGUUACCUAAGGUCGAAUUACAAUGGAUGGGUCAGGAUAACACUUAGGGACUGUUUGGAUAUAUGGGAGAAUGAAGAUAUAUUACAAAUGUCACGCAUAGGCGAGCAAGAGGAUGACGUUGAUUCUGUGUAUGAAAAUAAUCAAGAGGAAGAUCGCCUAGUGCCUAUACGACGUACCACGUCUUUACAAGAUGUGAGACAGAUCCCCAGUAUCUAUAUCCCCGAGGAACAAUCGAGGCCAGGAAGUGUUUCUUCGUCGGUUGAUGAACCCACAGAAAACUCUAGGCUAUUGAGCACGAAGGUCAGACCCUUUUCUCAGAAAUCGCUGAGUUGUGAUCAUAUACCAGGUUUCUUCUCCUCAUGUCAAAGAGAUCAAGGGCCGGCAGAUAGUAUCUGCUCAUCGGGCAUCCAGCUUCCAGAAGAAGAUACCAUGAGAUCAUGGCCAAGCGAUUUCAAGCUAAUAAGUUACCUGACUGACAAAUCAAUGUGUUUGCCUACGACUGAGUACAUUGCACUCUUUUUCACCACGCCUGUUUCCCUUCUGCUAUGCUUAUUGAUACCCUUUUUGCAUCAUAGAGAAGAGGAUCGCGAUAUUCACAUCGUUGAGGCUAUCAGGUUAACCUUACUACCCAUCAUGACGUGGUGUCUUGUACACGAGCCAUCAUUCUCACUGCCGCCUUACUUGCUGUUCGGAUUGUCAUUUGUCAUUUUAUGCUUGCUCAUUUACAGGCAGAGGAGAUCAAUAGUCAGGCACAAUACUAACAUUGUGGCUGUUGCUGCUUUUGUGCUGUGUCUGUCUACAAUUUGUUACUGUGUGCAUAUAGUGGUUAUGACCUUGACGAAUUGGGCGGAGAGCUUCAAUAUCUCAGGUACAAUUCUUGGUUUGACCGUCUUUGCCUGGGGUAAUAGCAUGGGGGACUUGGUAUCGAAUAUCAUCUUCGUCCAGAUCGGGGUGUUAGAUUUAGCUCUGGGAGCUUGUUUUGGAAGUCCAUUGCUAUACUUCGUCUUUGGCGUAGGUAUUGACGGUCUCAUAUUAAAUUUUAGAAGAUGGAAGAAUUGUGGCGGGCCACUUUAUCUCUGUCACAUUGAUUACACUAUGGACUCGUACCUGGGCUGUAGUGGCAUAGGCAUAGUUCUGGCAUUUUUGGUGUUCGCUAUUGUCGUUCCUCUCAAUAAUUGGCGUAUUGACGGCAAGAUCAGUUCUGUGCUUCUGACUUUAUACGCAGCGGUUAUUGGACUAAGCAUAUAUAGAGAGGUUGUUUAA